AAAUCUAAAAGCCGUGCCGCUGAGUAGAGUUCGCGCUAAUCUCCAUUCCAAGCCGCCUCACGUCAUGCCUGUGCCUCUUCUCUGAGCACUGAGCUCCACCACUUCCAGCGGGUCCACCGUCCACCGUCCAACCUCCACUCUCCUCCCGGCAUCGACUGAUUAACCAUCGCGGCUAACUCGGGUCGUCGCUCUUCACUGCGUUGCGGAUGCGCGACUUAUCAGCGCCGACUCCUCAACUCACUGUCGCUCUCUAGUCUCUCUCUCCACGCAAUCGUCGGCGUCGGCCGUCGCUCUCCACGCAAUCGUCGGCCGUCGCUCUCCACGCCAUCGGCUCUCCACACCGUCAGCAUCUUGGUUGUCCUCAGUCCUCUGUCUUCCUCAGUCCUCAGUCUUCCUCAGUCCUCAGUCCUCGUCAACAACUGUAGAAGCUGAAAAAUGGCAGAGGAGAAAGAAGAAGUGAAGACGUUUAAGGAUUUGGGGAUAUGCGAACAAUUGUUGGAAGCGUGUGACGAUUUGGGAUGGAAAAACCCUACAAAGAUACAAGUCGAAGCGAUUCCCCAUGCUCUUGAAGGCAAAGACUUGAUCGGUCUUGCUCAAACGGGUUCUGGUAAAACUGGAGCUUUUGCUCUUCCCAUAUUGCAUUCGCUUCUCGAAGCUUCAGAGAAAUCUGUGCAAGCGUUCUUUGCUUGUGUGAUGUCUCCUACAAGGGAAUUGGCAAUUCAGAUAGCAGAGCAAUUUGAAGCUUUAGGAUCUGGCAUUGGUGUGAAAUGUGCUGUGCUUGUUGGUGGGGUAGACAUGGUGCAACAGGCUAUCGCACUUGGAAAGCGGCCGCACAUCAUUGUUGGAACCCCCGGGCGUCUUGUGGAUCAUUUGUCGAACACAAAAGGUUUUUCUCUACGCACGCUGAAAUACUUGGUUUUAGAUGAGGCAGACAGAUUGCUAAAUGAGGAUUUUGAGAAAUCACUUGAUGAAAUUCUAAAGGUUAUACCACGGGAUCGAAGAACAUACUUAUUUUCUGCAACUAUGACCAAAAAGGUGAAAAAGCUCCAGAGGGCAUGUCUAAGGAAUCCAGUGAAGAUAGAAGCAGCAUCUAAAUAUUCCACUGUUGACACAUUGAAGCAGCAAUAUCGCUUUAUUCCUGCCAAAUACAAGGAUUGCUACCUUGUAUAUAUUCUGACAGAGAUGUCCGGAAGUACUUCCAUGGUUUUUACUCGAACGUGUGAUGCAACUACUUUUUUGGCCUUGGUCCUCCGAAAUCUUGGUUUAAGGGCCAUCCCAAUUAAUGGUCAUAUGACUCAGUCAAAGAGACUGGGAGCCUUAAAUAAGUUCAAAGCUGGAGAGUGCAAUAUUCUUAUAUGCACUGAUGUGGCAAGUAGAGGACUUGAUAUUCCAUCAGUGGAUAUGGUUAUUAAUUAUGAUAUUCCUACAAACUCAAAGGAUUACAUUCAUCGUGUUGGAAGAACUGCCCGUGCAGGACGAUCUGGGGUUGCAAUCUCGCUUGUGAAUCAGUAUGAACUGGAGUGGUAUCUACUGAUAGAGAAGCUUAUUGGUAAAAAGUUACCUGAAUUUCCUGCUGAGGAAGAGGAAGUCUUGCUUCUGCUGGAGCGUGUCACUGAAGCCAAAAGAAUUUCUCAGAUGAAAAUUAAAGAAUCUGGUGGCAAGAAGAGGAAGGGCGGAGGAGAUGGUGAAGAAGAAAUUGAAAAAUAUUUAGGCAUCAAGGAUAAGAAGUCCAAGAAGUUCAAGAAAAGAUGAGAUCAACGUGACCUUCUGUGGAUUUUUUUUAAAAAAAUAUUUUGUUAUGUAAAAUAACUUUCAUUGAUUACACAGCAUUACUUCCCUUCAUAAUUUAUUAAUCAUAAGUUAUUUAACCAUUGGCUUAAUAAAAAAUUGAUCAAGCAUUUUUUAAA